CGUUCCGCACGUUUCCGGAACUAUUUUCCACUUUUCCAGGUUUUCCAGACAAAUUCGCAACAUACAACAUAAUGAGCGACGAUUACUUAAGUAAACCACUCUCCUUUGGAUCAGCACAGCCAUCAUCAGCAGGCAUCGUAUCAAGCCCACAGUUGCAACCUUUGUCGCCGUACCUAAACUACGAUGCCCGAUACCUCCAAGCGCAACCCGAAUUCAUUUUCCCCGAAGGUGCUUCCAAGCAACGGGGAAGAUUCGAACUCGCUUUCUCGCAGAUUGGUUCCUCAGCGAUGAUAGGAGCCUGCAUUGGUGGGGCCGGUGGGUUGUACAACGGUAUCAAUGCAACACGGCUGGCUAAUCAAAGUGGAAAAUUGCGUCGAACACAAUUGUUGAAUCACGUCAUGAAGCAAGGAGCAGCGACCGCCAACACCUUCGGUACGAUAGCGGUAAUGUAUUCCGCCUUUGGUGUCGUAUUGCAAUAUGCGCGGGGUGAGGACGACGAAAUCAAUACAAUCGCCGCUGGAGGUGCCACUGGAUUGCUCUACAAAUCCACAGCUGGACUACGGAAGUGUGCAAUCGGUGGAGGUAUCGGGUUGGCGCUAACGUCCUUGUAUGUGCUGUGGAGUGUGGCUGGCGGUGGAUCGAAAAAGUUAAGCGAUCUUAAGUCACAGUACUUGUAAUAAUCCCAAGUCAGCUAAAGAAUCUACUGUUAAGUUA